AAAAUUUUGACAUCAUACGCACCCUAGACUUCAGCUCUACCAUUCAAACAACUACCCAACUAAUCCAUAUCAAAAUGGCCGAAGCUGUGAAGAAGGCUCCUGCCAAGAAGCCCACCCACCCCCAGUACGCCGUCAUGAUUGCCGCUGCCAUCAAGGCCCUGAAGGAGCGCACCGGUUCAUCUCGCCAGGCCAUCCUCAAGUACAUCGUCGCCAACUACAAGGUCGGUGAUGAGAAGAAGGCUGGCGUCCGCCUCAAGCUGGCCCUCAGGAAGGGAGUUACCAAGGGAACCCUGAAGCAGAUGAAGGGAACUGGCGCCGCUGGUUCAUUCAGACUGGCCAAGGACGAGGCUAAGCCUGCCAAGAAGCCAGCAGCUAAGAAGCUCGCUGCCAAGAAGCCAGCAGCUAAGAAGCCCGCUGCCAAGAAGCCUGCAGCAAAGAAGGUCGCAAAGAAGCCUGCUGCUAAGAAGCCAACUUACCACGCUAAUCCUAGCAAUUCUUACCAAAUCACAAUGGCUGAAACCGCUGCCGUGAAGAAGGCUCCUGCCAAGAAGCCCACCCACCCCCAGUACGCCGUCAUGAUUGCCGCUGCCAUCAAGGCCCUGAAGGAGCGCACCGGUUCAUCUCGCCAGGCCAUCCUCAAGUACAUCGUCGCCAACUACAAAGUCGGUGAUGAGAAGAAGGCUGGCGUCCGCCUCAAGCUGGCCCUCAGGAAGGGAGUUACCAAGGGAACCCUGAAGCAGAUGAAGGGAACUGGCGCCGCUGGUUCAUUCAGACUGGCCAAGGACGAGGCUAAGCCUGCCAAGAAGCCAGCAGCUAAGAAGCCCGCUGCCAAGAAGCCAGCAGCUAAGAAGCCUGCAGCCAAGAAGGCCGUUAAGAAGCCUGCAGCCAAGAAGAGCCCAAAGAAGCCCGCUGCUAAGAAGGUUGCAAAGAAGCCCGCUGCCAAGAAGCCUGCAGCAAAGAAGCCCGCAGCCAAGAAGGUCACAAAGAAGCCUGCUGCCAAGAAGCCAGCAAAGAAGUAAACGGCUUCUAGUGCAAGACAAUCUUAGUUUGUAAGGCAGAGUUAUUUAUUUUAAUAUAAGGACGUUCUCAUUUACAAAAUGUAGAUAUGUAAAUAAUAAAUCUCUAUUUUAUCAAAAA